GUUAAAAUGAAAAUAACCCAUCUUUUGGUACUGGCAGUCCUGGUGGCAGUAAUCCGGGCUUCCAGAGAAUUAGUAGACUGACAUAGUACUAUUGAAAUGGAAGAGUUCUUCGUCAAGCACUACAAAGAGAUCACCGUGUUCUAUUUUUAUGAUAGCGAGCAGAACAAUAAUAAGGGAUUUUUGUCAAGCUUGAUUGGCAUUUUUAGCUCUUCAAAUGAAGAGGAUGAUGACCAAGAAAUAAUGGAGACUCUCAACUCGGAAUAUCCUGUCAUGCGGAUAGAUGUGAGUAGAGAAGAACUGAAGGAGUUAGCUAUCAAUGUUGGUGUAACUCAAUAUCCUUGGGUUUUGAUUUAUCAUGAGGAUCAUGAGAUAGUAAACGCAAAGCCAACUCUAAGCACGGCUGAAGAGAUUGAAGGGAAGCUUCUAGACACCGUCGUCCAAAUGAACAAAGAGAAGAUGCGCUAUAAGCAAUUUCCUAGGCAGAUCGAGUUUGAUAAUGAGCAUGCUAAGAGCCAAAUAAGAGAGGUUGAUUUGACUCCUUACACCCAACAUGGUUCUAGAGUAGCACCCACACAGGAGGAUUUAAGCUGGAAUCAACAACAUCCAAACUCUGAAAUGACUCAUGUAGACCUUAACCCAUAUCUCCCAAGCAAUGCUCCAGUUGAAUCAGAAACUAUCGAGGUUGAUUUCAGUAGUAAUCUCCAAAAAUACAAAGAGGUUAAGUCGACUGACGAAAUUUUCCCAAACCAAAGUGACUACAACAGUCAGGUAAAACCAGUGAGUCUAACAGACAACACUUCCAGGACAAGCUCUCAGUCUAGAGCCAAGCCACAAGGAGCAGUGAGAGGCUCUCUUAGGAGUAGGAGCCAAGACUCUCCUUACUCUAGAGCCAGGUCAAGAGGCACAUACAGAUAAUUCCACAGAGAAGUUACCAAAUUUAACUUCCAUAAUUCCCAAUUU